AUCCAAUUCCGGAGAGUUAACUUGAAAGACUUUUGAAAGAAUUUUGUAUUUAAAGCUGUUCGAUCCUUCAAUCUUACCUCCCUUUCGUUAAAAGUCUCCAAACAAUUGUUAUACUUUCUUACACAUUAAGAAGAUUAUCAAGAUGCCAACCGAUAACAAAGGUCAAACUUAUGAGACUGGCUCAAGUGGCACCAAUUCUCAAGGGAACCGCUACGAUAAUCGCGAUUAUGGAUCCCAAGCUUCCAAUGAUAACGCGUAUCAUUACUCCAACAAAGAUUCUUCCUACUAUUAUUCUAAUUCUGAUAAUUCUACGUUUCAUCAAAACUCAAGUGGUGAUCGAACCUAUACUACUCCUUCUGGGGACUCUUAUUCCAAAGAAUCGGGUGGCUCUAAAUACUCUCGUGCUUCUUAAACAUAACAAGAUCUUUUAAGUUUUCACAUUGUCUUUGAAUGUUUUUCCAAAAACUUGUUACAUGGUUUUGAUCCUACUUUGAUUUGAAGCUGGUCAUUUCCAUAUACGUUACGGAAGUUUACUCGAAGUGUAUGAUCUUUACACUCGAUACUCUUCUUUGUCUACAUCAUAUCAACUUUUCUAUACUUUGACUUUUGUGUUGGAUUCUUUUCCCUAAAGA